GUUCGGUAGCGAAGUAGCGCGACUUGACUGUUGCGCACAGGAGGUUUUUUCGUGGAUCACAACAAAAGGAUUUUUGAUAACAAGCUGGCAGCUAGCUUGUCAAGCUAACGCUAGCUGACCUAGCCGUACGAGGACUUCUCCACAAACUCCCUCUCAUCUACUCACAUAGGUGUCCAUCCCUUUUGAGGAAGCCCUGCUAGCAUCCACCCACUGGUCUCUAGAGGGGGCCCCAUCUGAGCAAGGGUCCAAGCUGUAGCUCCAGGUCUCCUCCGUCUGUGUUUGUCCGAGCUUGCGUUGAGUCCUCUGGAGACUCUCAGCUUGUCCAGCUAAGAUGUCCUCCAUCCUGCCAUUCACCCCUCCCGUGGUGAAGAGGCUGCUGGGCUGGAAGAAGUCAACCAGUGGCCAGGGCGGAGCGGGUGGUGGCGAGCAGAAUGGGCAAGAGGAGAAAUGGUGCGAGAAGGCUGUGAAGAGCUUAGUGAAGAAGUUAAAGAGGACGGGCCAGCUCGAUGAGCUGGAGAAAGCUAUCACAACACAGAACUGCAACACCAAGUGUGUCACCAUCCCCAGCAAUUGCUCUGAAAUAUGGGGACUGAGUACACCAAACACGAUAGAACAGUGGGAUACAUCAGGCCUAUACAGCUACCCUGACCAAACCAGAUCCCUGGAUGGCCGCUUGCAGGUCUCCCACAGGAAGGGUCUUCCCCAUGUUAUCUAUUGCCGCUUGUGGCGAUGGCCAGACCUCCACAGCCAUCAUGAGCUGCGUGCCAUUGAGGCCUGUGAGUAUGCCUUCCACCUCAAGAAGGACGAGGUCUGCAUCAACCCCUACCACUACCAGAGGGUGGAGACCCCAGUGCUGCCUCCUGUUCUUGUGCCAAGACACCCAGAAAUUCUGCCAGAGCUGCCACCUCUGGAUGACUACACUCAUUCCAUACCAGAGAACACAAACUUUCCAGCAGGAAUUGAACCUCCAAACAACUAUAUACCAGAGACGCCACCACCUGGUUACAUCAGUGAGGAUGGGGAGGCCAGCGAUCAACAGAUGAAUCAAAGUAUGGACACAGGUUCUCCAGCCGAGUUGUCCCCCAGCACACUGUCUCCUGUCAAUCACAGCAUGGACUUACAGCCGGUGACUUACUCGGAGCCGGCCUUCUGGUGCUCUAUAGCAUACUACGAGCUGAACCAGCGUGUGGGCGAGACGUUCCACGCAUCUCAGCCCUCGCUGACGGUGGAUGGAUUCACAGAUCCAUCGAACUCUGAGCGUUUCUGCCUGGGCCUGCUGUCUAAUGUCAACAGGAACGCCACUGUAGAGAUGACCCGAAGACACAUAGGAAGAGGAGUUAGACUCUACUACAUUGGAGGGGAGGUAUUUGCUGAGUGCUUGAGUGAUAGCGCCAUCUUUGUCCAGAGUCCAAACUGCAAUCAGCGGUAUGGCUGGCAUCCAGCAACAGUGUGUAAAAUUCCUCCAGGUAAGAUGCUGAAAAUGCGGCAAACUGUCACUAGCACUCCAUGCUGGAUAGAGCUGCAUUUGAAUGGCCCCCUGCAGUGGCUGGACAAGGUUCUAACUCAGAUGGGUUCCCCAUCUGCACGUUGCUCCAGUAUGUCCUAA